CGAGGCGCCAACGCUUAGGGCUUCCGCGAGCGGAGGAAAUGGCGGGGCGGCUGGGGCCCUCGAGCGAGGAGCGGUUGGCAGCCACAGGCGCGGCUGAGAAGGCAGGAGGGCAGGCCAAGUCCUCACAGAAAAUUGAAGACUUGAUGGAAAUGGUGAAGAAAUUGCAGAAAGCGGGAAGCCUAGAGCCCAGGGUUGAGGUCCUGAUUAAUCGGAUUAAUGAGGUUCAGCAAGCAAAAAAGAAAGCCAGUGAAGAGCUGGGAGAGGCCCGAACUGUUUGGGAGGCCCUGCAGAAGGAAAUGGACUCACUGAGUGGAGAGGAAGUAUGCCUGAAAGAAAUCUUGAACAAAAAGCAAGAGACUCUAAGGAUCCUCCGGCUCCACUGCCGAGAGAAGGAGAGUGAAGCACAGAGGAAGCAGACCAUCCUGCAGGAGUGCAAGAUGCGAAUUUCUGCUCUGAACUCCCAGAUCGAGGAAGAGAAGAAUAAACAGAGGCAACUGAGGUUGGAUUUUGAGGAACAGCUGGAGGAUCUGAUGGGCCAGCACAAGGAUCUCUGGGAGUUCCACAGGCCAGAGAAGAUGGCCCAGGAGAUUGAUGCCCUGGACAGCAGCAAGGAGCAAUUGCUCAAGGAAGAGAAACUCAUGGAGGCAAAGCUGGAGGAUGUGAAGCAUCGUCUGUGUUCCCAGUUUGGGGCUGAUGGUUGCUCAACCAUUACUGAGGGGCUCUUUCUCCGCAGCCAGGAGGCAGCAGCUGCAGUACAUCUGUUUGAAGAGGAGAACAGGAAGGCCCAGGAACUUCUGGAGACUGCUGCCCAGCACCAUGAGCAGCUACAGCAAAAGUGCCAGCAGCUGCAGCAAAAGAGGCAGAGGCUUAAGGAAGAGCUGGAAAAGCUUGGGGUGCAGAUACCUACUCAAGCCCAAAACAAACAAGAGGAAGGGGCUGGCCCAGGAGAACUUGCCAAUCUCAAGCUCCUAGGAGUCAGCGAAGAGAAAGACCCAGAGCUACCCACCAAGCAAGGCCGUAUGCCCUUCUAGGCAAGGACUCUCCUUGAACAUAUUCCAUGAACUUCAGGAAAUAAAGGCAUUAUUUCAGUA